CAUGUCCCAAUGCGCGGCAGACGCCUUGCUGGCCCGUUUACUAUGGGAACCAAGAGGAAAUUGCUGUUGGAAGCAUCCCGACCGAACGAGAGUACUCGCCGAUUCUGAUAGUUCAUCAGAAAUUGAUGAUCAGACGAAAGCGUGGGAAUCCGACCCGCCCUCACGGACACCACAUCUCGCCCACAAUGACACCAACAACCCGCCCGCCUAUAUCGAAUGUGGCAUUGGACAUCGGGUCCAGGCUAGUAGGUCAGUGCUGGCCCUUGUAGUUGAUGAGGAUUGCGUUUUUGCUGGCUUGCAGGGCGGCCAUAUCGUAGCGUGGUCUCUUGAAACUUAUGAUCUGGUUCUCUCGGUACAUGCUCACCAAGAGAGUGUGCUUGAUCUGUACCUAUCCGACGAUAGGGAUCUUCUCUUCUCCAGCGGCGGCGAUUCGGUCGUCAAUGUUUGGUCCACGAGGACCUUUGAACGACUUUAUUCUAUCCAUUCCCAUCAUGAUGUGGGUGAUUUGUUCGCUGUAGCAUACUCGUCGAGACUGAAGACUAUCUACAGCGGCGGACAAAACACGAGUAUCCAAUGGUGCAAUAUCUCCCAAACUGGUGCCGCAUAUACCCAACAGACUGCGGCCCAAUUGUCCAAACGCACCCAUCGGUUCUUUGACUCCCGGGGACCUGAUGGCUCUCGUGCUCCCCGGCCAAACGGAGAGGAUGGCCAUUCCAUCACGCACGGAGGCCAGGUUCUUACCUUCAGACGUGAUCAUCACAGGCUGUUUGCCCACCACGGGUAUAUUUACACCAUGACUCUUGUUCGAGGCCUGCUUGAGUCCUCGCCCAACGAUGAAGUCUUACUGACCGGAGCUGGUGAUGGCGUUGUCAAGCUCUGGCGGUUGGAGCAAGACAAAGCGGAUAUGGUGCCAACCCAGAUGGCAAAGCUCCAGAACGCUGAUCCGGUGCUCUCCGUUGCCGUCGACGGGUCAUUCCUCUACUGUGGGCUAGCUGGAGGCGCGCUAAACAUCUGGAAUUUGGAUUCCCAUCAAUUGGUGAAGCGUAUCACGGCACAUACAGGAGAUCUGUGGGCGGUAGAUAUCAUUCACGGCAUGGCAGUUUGUGGAGAUUCAAACGGAAUCGUCAAGAAAUUCAACUCGCGUUUUGAAGAAGUCGGCAGUUGGACCGCCCAUCAAGGCACUAUGCUAGCGUCCGCUGCUGGUAAAUACAAGGACCGCUACAUUUAUGUAUCUGGCGGAAAUGACAACACCCUCGGAAUCUGGGAUUUGAUGGAUGUGCACACUGCUGCGAAUGAGUUGCCUGCGAUCAACAACGAUGAAAUGGUCAGCUCUCUGGCCAAACUGGUUGCGUUUAAGACUAUAUCGGCUAGUCCUAAAUUUUCCGGCGAAUGCAACCAAGGCGCGGCAUUUCUUCGUCGACACUGUAUCUACCUAGGGGCCAAGACAAAGCUUCUAACUACCGGGGAAGACACAAAUCCGAUUGUGUUUGCUCGCUUUUGUGCAACAUCUCCCGAUAAAGUCGACAAGACCAUCCUGUUCUACGGUCAUUACGAUAUUGUCGGUGCAGACGGCAAUCAACAGAAGUGGAAGACUGAUCCUUAUCAAUUAGCUUCCAUAGAUGGGUUCUUGUACGGUCGUGGUGUCUCUGACAAUAAAGGUCCAAUCCUCGCCGCCCUAUACGCUGCGGCAGACCUAGCACGCCAGAAAACUCUUCGUUGUAACGUGGUUUUCCUGAUCGAGGGAGAGGAAGAAUCGGGCUCGCAGGGGUUCCACGAAACCGUCCGCAAGCACAAGCCCCAGAUUGGACCUGUUGACUGGAUUCUCCUGGCCAAUAGCUACUGGCUAGACGAUUACAACCCUUGUCUUACCUACGGUCUACGCGGUGUUGUGCAUGCGAAUCUGAUCGUCACCAGUGACCACCCAGACCUUCACAGUGGUAUUGACGGAAGUGCUCUGCUCGACGAACCGCUCAAGGACCUGACGAUGCUUCUGGGCAGCCUAGUAGGACCCAAGGGCAAAAUCAACCUUCCAGGUUUCCACGACCCAGUCCUCCCGCUAACCGACGCCGAGAGAGAGCGAUACAGUAUGAUCGCUGAAAUCCUCCUGCAACGACACCCCCAAAUUAAAGACUCUGAGGCCCUAAUCAACUCCUUGAUGCACCGAUGGCGCGAACCAUCGCUCACAAUCCACUCGGUGGAAGUUCCCGGAAACAGCAAAUCCACCACAACCACCAUCUCCCGCAAAGCCAAAGCUAGUCUUUCGAUCCGCGUCGUCCCCAACCAAGAAGCCGACGAUGUUGCAGCCGCCUUGACCCUGUACGCGCAAGAGCAAUUCGACCGUCUCGAAUCCCAAAACGACCUCACCGUCGAAAUCACAGGCACCUCGGAUCCCUGGCUCGGCGAUCCAGAUAACGAGAUGUUUGAGACCCUAUCCGAGGCCAUCACGGCCGCCUGGACUCCAGAUCAGCAAUGCCAGAAACACCAGUAUCCUCCUUUAGAGCGUCCCCUCACCGACCGCACACGCACCGCCAGCCCGCGAGGUACAAAAGACGGCCGCACCGGCGAACUCCGCCGUCCAGCCUCCGAGGAUAGUCUUGCCUCGCACAUCGACCGCAUCAUCAUGUCCACCACCACCUCGUCCGCCGGGAAAGCCGCAGCGCGCAAACGUUCCAAUCCCAGCAUGACGGUCCCCACCUCAUCCACACUCACCGGUCAAACAAUAAAGCGUCUCGCAGAGGACUCGACGAAUUCCUCGCCGCCCCCCGUCCCUGCUUCUUCUUCGACUCCCCUUUCUCCGUCUCCGUCUCCGUCUCCGUCUCUUUCUACGUCCGGGCCGGAAAAAGGCCGAGUUCGACCAAUUUUCAUUCGCGAGGGUGGCUCUAUUCCAACCAUCCGGUUCCUAGAGAAGGAGUUCUCGGCGCCAGCGGCCAAUCUGCCGUGCGGACAGGCUAGUGACAAUGCGCAUUUGUACAAUGAACGGUUGCGGGUGGAAAAUCUGUAUAAAAGCCGGGAGAUAUUUAGCUAUGUGUUUUCGCGAUUGCCAGAGAGAGUUUGAUUAGUGUAGCUACUCUAGUCGGGGUUUUUUUUUUUUUUUUUUUUUUUUAAAGAUAAC